GACAAGUUUGAUCCAUUUUUCAUGCUCCCAAAUCUUCAAUUAUUAGUAUUGACUGGUGUUGGCCUCACAUUUCCUCAAAAUAUAAGCAUCAAUUCAUCUCUUUUUAAGUUGCAGAGUUUGCAUCUAGAAUCAUGCAACUUCACUGAAUUCCCAAAAUUCUUACGUUAUCAAGACAAGUUAAGCGAACUGUCUCUUUGGGGAAACAACAUCACGGGAAAUAUCCCAGAAUGGUUUGUGAACACAACUAGGGAAAAUCUGUUGUUCUUAAACUUGUCGAAUAACAUUUUAACAAGUUUCGAACAACCUUUGAAUUUUCUCCCAUGGAAUAAUUUGAAAGUGCUAGAUCUCAGUGAUAAUAAGUUGCGAGGGCCACUUCCAACUCCUCCAAGUUCCAUGCUUGUUUAUCAAGUCUCAAAUAAUCACUUCCAUGGAGUUCUUCCCCAUCAUAUAUGCCGUGCAACUUCUUUAGUCUACCUCGACUUAUCUGAAAACAAUCUUAUGGGCGAGAUUCCAAGCUGCAUUGGUCGUCAACUUAGUGGUUCCUUACAAGUUUUAAAUGCACGAGGCAAUAAAUUUGGUGGUGUCAUUCCCCAAACAUUCUCAAAAUCCUGUAAAUUGAAAGUGAUUAAUUUGAGCCAAAAUCAAUUAGAGGGCAAGCUCCCAAAGUCAUUAGUCAAUUGUACUUUGCUUGAGGUACUUGAUGUCGGAAGCAAUCGUAUUAAUGACACCUUUCCAUCAUGGUUAGGAAGUAUGCCCAUGUUGCAAGUUCUUAUCUUGAGGCAUAACAACAUCUACGGGAAGAUAGCAACCCCAUUCCCUAGUUCAGUUGGUAAUGGUUUUCAUAGGCUGCGUAUAAUUGAUUUGUCGUAUAAUUAUCUUAUCGGUAACUUGCCAUCUGGGUAUUUUCAAAAAUGGGUUGCAAUGACAGAUUCAAUUGAAAACUCCUCAAACUCAUCUAGUUCUUAUUUUCUAAUGUAUUUUUUUAGUCGUAGUCAAUUUUGGACUUAUGGUGAGAAAUACAAUUAUGUUGUCACCAUAACAAAUAAGGGGAGUGAAACAGUUUACCCAAAGAUAUUAACCAUAUUGCGAGUCCUUGAUUUGUCAAGCAACAAGUUUACGGGUAUAAUCCCUAAGGAUAUUGGGAACCUUAGGGGACUUCAGGCACUUAAUCUGUCCAACAACAAUCUUGUUGGCGGUAUCCCAUCUUCUCUAGCCAACAUUACAAACCUCGAGUCCUUAGACCUUUCUGAAAACAUGCUUUCAGGACUGAUCCCUCGAGAGUUGACAGUGCUAAACUUUCUUGAGGUCUUCAAUGUUUCACAUAAUCGUCUAGUUAGAGCAAUACCUGAAGGAGAACAGUUCAAUACUUUUGACAAUAGUUCUUUUGCUGGGAACUUGGCAUUGUGAAGAGAUCAACACAAAGAUUCAGGAGAAAUUGAUGAAAAAGCUGCGCUAUACAUGCAGGCUUUCAUACCUGUUCUAAGAACCAAGUAUAAUUACUUCAGUUUAUGUCUAGGCUUUUUCAUUUGUUGUUGUAUAAUUUCUGUUUUUAUGGUUUUGUUUCCCAGUAGCUUGUAUUUUUAGCUAAUGUCUAUCUUAUGUAUUAUCCAGUGUUAUAUCAUGUUAUUCAUGUAAUAUAUUGCUAGCUAUAUGAAUGAGAUAACACCCUAUGAGACGAGAGUUGCUCAUAGAGGUUUCCCUAGUGUUUUGCAUGAUGUGAGCUUUAUAUCUUAUUUGCGGAUCAAAAUAUUGCUUUUUAAAAGAAUGAAGUAUGCUAGAAAACAAUAUGAGAAAAUACAGACUGAUAAAAAAAAAAAAAAAAAAAAAACCCUUACUCGAGCAAUUUAUAUAUCCAACACUUACAAAGUUACAAGAGUAGGGCUACUUCACCAUGAAGUAAUCUGACCUUAGCACGAUUGCAAAUGCACCGCCAUUAAAGACACAUCAUGCCAAACUUAUAACUGUCAUCCUGAAAAUCCACCACCUCAUCAUCCUUAAUGCAUUUCCAACCUCCACGUGA